AUCGAGGGGACAUCGAGGCGACACUCCGCCACCCCCAGAGGCCACCAAGGGCCACCAGCAGGGGCCACCAUGGGCCAGCAGGCGGCGACCCCCGGCCCGCCGGGAGCAGAGGAGCGCUCCGCCCGCGCCACCUUUGCCGCGUGGCGCCGCUACCGCCAGGCCUGCGAGCUGCACCUGCGCCUGGCCCCGCCCCCGCCAGGGCCCGUGUGCAACCGCAGCUUCGACCUGUACGCGUGCUGGGGCGACGCUGUCCCCAACAGCACGGCCACUGUCCCCUGCCCCUGGUACCUGCCCUGGCACCACCGAGUGCAGGGCGGCGUGGUGGCGCGGCGCUGCGGCCCCGACGGGCGCUGGGUGACAGACGACAGCGGCAGGACCUGGCAGGACAACUCGCAGUGCGAGGACGUGGCACCGCUGCAGCCGCUGCAGCGCCAGGCGUGGCUGCUGGAGCAGUUCCGCCUCCUCUACACCGUGGGUUACUCGCUGUCCCUUGUCGCGCUGCUGGUGGCGCUGCUGCUGCUGCUGCUGCUCAGGUGCUGGGAGCGCAAUGAGAAGGCGGCGGUGUGGUGGCUGAUCCGCUGCCCAAUCCUGGCGGCCGUGGCGGUGAACUCGGUGGUGUUCGUGCUCAUCCUGCGCAUCCUGGUGGCCAAGGUGCGCGCGCGGCAGGUGACGCGCGGGGACACGCGCCUCAGGCUGGCGCGCUCCACGCUGACGCUGAUCCCGCUGCUGGGCGUGCACGAGCUCGUGUUCGCGCUGGCCGGGGAGGGCGAGGGCGGCGGCGGCCUGCGGCUGGCCCGGCUGGGCCUGCACCUGCUGCUCACCUCGGCACAGGUG